AUGGCUACCAAUGCUGGGGUUGAGCAGGGCCACUGGCGCGAGGUGUUGGACCAUCUCGACCUGCUCUCUCAACGCAUGAAUGAUUUGGGUGUCACUCAACAACAAGUCAAACAACAGUUGCAGGAGACAAGCCUGAAAGUGGACAAGUGCACUGCUGAUCAAGACAUGAUAGCUCAGCAAGUCAGGGUAAAUGGCCAUGCUGUUGCCCAGAUCACUCUUCGUCAGUUUGCCAAUGAGAACCAUUCAGAUGUUACUGACUCAGUAGUGGUAGAUGAGGAGGAUACUUUUGAGAAUGUGUUUGCUGCCAAUGAGAGAGCCAACCCAAGACAGAACACAACUUUUCACCCUCGACACAAUCGGCUUCCACCGCGGCGGGACGCCUUACCUCAUCAUGCUUUGCCCAAGAUGUUGUUCCCUUCCUUUGAUGGCUCUCAACCCAAGAUCUGGCUGGAUAAGUGCAAGAACUAUUUCAGGAUCUAUCAGAUUCCUGAUACUCUGUGGGUGGAAGCAGCUUCAAUGCAUCUGCAAGAUAAUGCAUCCAAGUGGUGGCAGACUUACAAGAUGACUUACCCAGAUGUCUCUUGGCAGCGUUUCUCUGCUGAUAUCCAGAUUCAGUUUGGCAGUGAUGAUUACAGAGCAUCACUGAAUGACUUACUUGAUCUCAAACAAGACACUACAGUGGAAGAGUAUACUACCAAGUUUCAGUCCUUGCAGUACGAUGUCACUAUGCAUGGUGGCAACUAUGAUCCUAUGUUUUUUGCCACUCACUAUGUCAGGGGUCUCAGGGAGGACAUUCGAGCUAUGGUGGAGCCACAAGUCCCUACUACUGUGGAGAAAGCAGUUAUCAUCGCUAAGAUUCAGCAGAAAGUGGUGGAACGCGGCAAACUGAAGUUUCAGCAUAACAAGCAUCAGCCUAAGGGACAGCAACCCAGACCUGAGGCUAAGCAAGCUAAUACCUAUGGCAGUCUGUGGAGGGAUAAGCAGCUCAGAGACUAUAGAAAGGCCAACAAUCUUUGUUAUGGCUGUGGUGAGAAGUAUGAACCAGGGCAUGCUGAGCAAUGUCCCAAAAGAGUCAAACCACAGCUCAAUGCUAUGGUGGUCAACGACUUGGACAAGGAGAUUAAUGAGGACCUACUCAAUGAAAUGGCUAUUGAUGAGAUGUUGACAGAGACUUUUUGUCAGCUGUCACUGAAUGCCAUGUCUGGCACUGAUACUGGCAAUUCCAUUAAACUGAAGGCCACGGUCAGAAACAAAACCAUGCUCAUUCUGGUGGAUACUGGUAGUAGUCACACUUUUGUCAGUUCUGCUUUUGUCAACUUGACCCAGUUACCGACUACCACCAUGCCUCAUCAAAAAGUCCAGCUGGCUAAUGUUCUGGGCUAUGACUGGCUUAAGACAUUCAGUCCCAUGCAAUGUGAUUGGCAAGCUAAGACACUACAAUUUCAGUAUCACCAGAAACUGAUUACUCUCAAGGGUCUGGUACCUGCACCAUUGUCUGCCAAUCCUAUCACGGCUAAACACAUGUUCAAAGCCAUCAAAGGCAAUGAUAUCUGGGCAUAUGUCAUGGUAGACAAAGCAGUUUCACCUGCCAGUACUCCAUCCACAGCAACAACUCAACGAGCAGCUGAGCUACAAGAUUUACUGUUGCAGUAUGCUGACAUAUUCCAGGAUCCUAAGCAUUUACCACCACAUAGAUCCUAUGAUCAUGCUAUUCCACUGUUCCCUGAUGCAGUUCCAGUGAAUGCCAGACCCUACCAUUAUUCUCCUCAGCAUAAAACUGAGAUUGAAGCCCAAGUGAAACAACUCUUGGAAUCAGGACUCAUCACUCACAGUCACAGUCACAGUCCUUUUGCCUCUCCUGUCUUGUUGGUCAAGAAGAAAGAUGGACAGUGGCGGUUUUGCAUUGAUUACAGAAAACUUAAUACUAUGACAAUCAAAAACAGGUUUCCUAUGCCUAUUGUGGAUGAAAUUCUGGAUGAAUUGUCAGGUUCCAGAUUUUUCACCAAAUUGGACAUGAGGUCUGGGUACCACCAGAUCAGAAUGCUCCCUGAGGAUGAGUUCAAAACUGCUUUUAAAACACAUCAGGGCCACUAUCAAUUCAGAGUCAUGCCUUUUGGUCUCACCAAUGCCCCUGCCACUUUCCAGUGUAUUAUGAACCAGUUGUUGCAACCAUACUUGAGAAAGUUUGUGCUGGUUUUUCUGGAUGAUAUCCUCAUAUACAACACUUCUAUGGAAGAUCACUUGCAACACAUACAGCAAGUGUUUGAGGUGUUAAGGAAGAAUCAAUUAUAUCUCAAGGCUUCCAAGUGUACUUUUGCUCAACCUAGCCUGGAGUACCUUGGUCACAUAAUAUCUGAUAAAGGGGUAGCAACUGAUCCAGCAAAGACUCAGGACAUGGUAAAAUGGCCUACACCAUCCACAAUGACUGAGCUGAGAGCCUUUCUGGGAUUCACAGGAUAUUACAGAAAGUUUGUGAAGAACUAUGGAGUGAUUGCCAAACCACUUACUGUAGUGCUCAGGCUUAAACAAUUUCAGUGGUCAGCUCAAGCCCAAGAAGCUUUUGACAACCUCAAAGUGGCUAUGACUACAACUCCAGUUUUGGCUCUACUAGAUUUCACAAAACAGUUUCAGAUUGAAACAGAUGCUUGUGGUGAAGGAUGGAGAAAUGGAGACCCUAUCUGGAACGCCAAGAGUUUGUUAUCCUCACUGAUCAUAGAUCCCGACUACGCCGAGAGCAAGGGCUAG